AUGCCUGUACAGUUGGCCAAUAACUUGGCAGAUCUGCGGUCUAAAAUCAAUUCGGCCGACUUGAAUCAUCUGUUUGUUGUGGAUUUCUUUGCCGAUUGGUGUGCACCUUGUCGUGCGAUCGCUCCUCUUUUUGAGCAAUUCUCUGGACGAUUUACGAAUGCCACAUUCCUUAAAGUAAACGUUGACUAUUCUCCCGAUAUCAGUCGACACUAUGGCGUUCGUGCUAUGCCGACUUUCGUUUUAAUCAAAAAAGGUAAAGAAAUGGAACGAAUACAAGGUGCAAAUCCUCAAGCCUUAGAACAAGCUAUAAACAGGCAUUAUUCCUCCACUCCUGCGAAUCCCAACGCGGCUUCUGAGAGCGAGAAACGCUUCUUGCAACAAUUCGUCCCACAAACAGAGAAGGUCAUUUUCAUAAUCUUUGCAGUAUUAAGACUUUACUCUGAUAUUGUUUAUAAAACACUAGCAUUAAGUUUGAUACCUGUUGAGAAGCUGAAGGAGGAAUCUACCGGUUCGGAUGCUUUGCUAAAUUGGUUUAAGAAUGAAUUCUUCUCGUGGUGCGAUAGUCCGAUUUGCGAUUCUUGCGGCAGCCAAACUGCAAAAGGUUCAGGUUUGAAUGGUACUCCAACACCUAAGGAACAUGAUGAUGGUGCAGAUAGAGUAGAAAUUUAUCAAUGUUCAUGUGGACGGGAAGUCCGUUUUCCUAGAUACAAUGAUCCAGCGAAGCUACUUGAAACACGGAAAGGUCGGUGUGGCGAAUGGGCGAAUUGUUUUGCACUGAUGGCCUCUGCAAUGGACUUCGAUACACGAUUUGUUUAUGAUGUGACUGAUCACGUUUGGGUUGAGUUGUGGAUAACUGAGUCUGACAAUUGGGUUCAUUGUGAUCCAUGUGAAAAUGUUGUUGACCGUCCACUUCUUUAUGAAAAGGGAUGGGGUAAAAAAUUAAGCUACGUGUUAGCGUUUGGAUUUGACCACGUCUGCGAUGUGACAUGGCGGUACAGCGUUAAUCAUAAAAAAACAUUGAGAUUGCGGAAAAGUGUUCGUGAAGCAGUUCUCAGCAAUUUUUUAAUGAAACUAAAUACACGAAUGGCCGCGGCGAUAACUCCUGAGCGAGCGUUAGAGUUAAGGCGACGACGAAUACGAGAACUGGUGGAUUUCUUGGUAAUUGGGGAGAGAUUGACGAAUGGAGAGGUAUACGGUGGUCGAAUUUCUGGUGAAUUCUUAUUUUAUAUUCUUUUUUUUAUACUUUUGGAGUAUAAUUGUGCGGAAGAUUGUUAUACUCGAGGAACUGAAAAAAUCGCAGGUUGGUCAACUUUUGCGAACUCUAGUGGAUUUAUUCAACGAAAAAAAGAGACGGAUUGGAAAAUGGCAUACCUUUGUCGUCAGGAAGGCGAGUCCGAUGCAGAGGUAAAACAUUUUAGUGAAGUUGUUAGGGCAGUCUUUUUUGGAACUACUAUAUUCGAGAGCGGAUCCGUCCUUGUGACAGUUUGUGCGGGUGAUGUAUGUCUUGCGGCCCAUUUAUCUGGUGGUACAGGAAGUAAUGCGUUUCAACAUGCUCAGCUAUUUCGAACAUCUCUAGACAAUCGAGAGUCACAGAUGAAAAUUGAAAUUGAACUUGUCUGA